AUUAAAAUCGUAAAAAAUUUCGAAAAUAUGUCGCUUUACGGGAUGCUGCAGUACCAGUGAGGUACUGCGACUCUUCAUUUUUACUCAACAAAAAGUUGAGGCAGAACAUGAGAAUAUUGCCCAUUAAGCAUUUGGCAUCCAUCAGCGCCUGCGCUUGAGAAAGUCAUUGUGACACAAGAAGCGAUAGGAUGCAGGUUCCUAGGUUGAAGGCUGUUGUUGUUGUUGUUGCAGCGGAUUCGUUGACCCCGUUUAGGGGCAGGUCAACUAAUCGAAGGCUGCUACUACCUUGUGGCUUGGCGCAGCCAUUCAAAUAUUGCGGGGUGGAGAUUGCACAUACAACUCAAAUGAGCCACCAACAAGUUCCAGGCUCUGUACGCCUGCUGGAGCUCACUACAGACAUACAUACGUUUGCGAGUGCCCGGCAGCAAUUGGUAUUUUGGUUGGUGGAAUUGUUUACUGGUUGGUUGGUUGGUUGGACUGCGCGGAGUUGAGAGUCUGUGCGCGCGCGCUCGAUACACAGUUGGCCGGUUUCAAGUAUCAAUAAAUAAUAGCGCCGGAAUUUGCUGAUCGUGAUGGGAGUUUAGAUUAUAUGUCUCAGAUACAAAUCUGUGAAUGCCACCAGCGAUGACCGAACGGCAGAGUAGCCAGCAGACCAGCGCAACACGACGACAACAACAACAACAACAAGAACGCAUUGAACGACAAUCAUCAGCGCUUUGGCAAUGUGGCCGGUCGUCGGUUGACGAUAAUGGUGUUCGAUUGCAAUUGUAUUGCUGAUAAGCAUUUCAUGGGUUGGGAGACUCGCCAACCGACCCUCCGAUCGGCUAACUAACAAUGCCGUUGCGCAAAGCGCGAUAAAUUUCGAAAAUUGCUGGCGUUAUUUAAAUUAAUUAUGUUUUUGCCGCGUAAUUGCAAAGCAGCGAAGGCGAGUAAUCUGCUGAGCAUUUGCACCCGAAAAAAUUAUGAUCGAGCAUUUCCACCAUUGCAACUCAUGCGAAAAGCUCAAAAGUAUUUAAGUUAAAAAAAGAACUUAAACUAAAGUCUGAUUAAAAAAUAAUAGAUUUCAACGUAAAUAAAAAAUAAAAACCAACAACAAAAUGCUGCAACACACCGCCACAGACUUUUACGACUUGGCUGCCGCCAAUGCUGCCGUAUUGAGUGCGCGUCAAACGCCACCCUACAGUCCGACGGGCUUAAUCAGCGCUGGCGCCGGCCUUAGCAAUAAUAAUAACAACAAUACAAGCAAUAAUAAUUUGGAUAUGCUGGGACAUAACGGCAGUCUGGUGGGACCAAGCAUCGGUGGUCAUCUCGGCAAUGGUAAUGGUGGUAGUAAUGGACGUGAAACGUUGCCCAGUUUUGGUUUUACACAAGAGCAAGUGGCGUGCGUGUGUGAGGUACUCCAACAAGCUGGCAAUAUCGAAAGACUGGGCCGUUUCCUCUGGUCCUUACCGCAAUGUGAUAAACUGCAAUUGAACGAGUCCGUGCUUAAAGCGAAGGCCGUUGUUGCAUUCCAUCGUGGACAAUAUAAGGAAUUAUAUCGUCUACUUGAACAUCAUCAAUUCUCACCGCAUAAUCAUGCCAAAUUGCAGGCGCUCUGGCUGAAAGCGCAUUAUGUUGAAGCCGAAAAACUGCGCGGAAGACCCUUAGGUGCUGUUGGUAAAUAUCGUGUACGCCGCAAAUUUCCACUGCCACGCACAAUUUGGGAUGGUGAAGAGACGAGUUACUGCUUCAAGGAGAAAUCUCGUUCGGUUUUAAGAGACUGGUACGCACACAAUCCAUAUCCUUCUCCGCGUGAGAAACGUGAAUUAGCAGAGGCUACAGGACUGACAACCACACAGGUUUCCAAUUGGUUUAAGAAUCGCCGACAAAGAGAUCGUGCAGCCGAGCAUAAAGACGGCGCCUCGGACAAGCAACACUUGGAUUCCUCAAGUGAUUCGGAGAUGGAAAGCUCACUUUUGCAGCAAACCCAUAAUGUUGCCAAUAACAAUCAUCACCAUCAGCAGCAACAGCAGCAGCAACAACAAGUACACCAACAUCAAUCCCCACAUCACCAACAACAGCACCCCGCCACGCAUACACAAUCACAGCAUGCGCAACAAUUAUCGCCAACACCGACGCACAACAAUCACCAUCAUCAUCAUCACCAUCACCAUCAUGCGGCCGCUGCUGCUGCAGCAGCUGCUGCAGUCGCCGCACAACUGCCGCACACAUCACACCACGCGAGCUCAGCAACGAGUAUGGAACAAGCACAUCAUCAACACCCGCACAGUUUGAAUGCCACCCAGCUGGUUGGACUGUCACCCAACUCGGGCGGUAGUGGUGGUUCGAGUGGUGGUGGCGGUCUGACAACUGCGGCCGUUGCAGCAGCGGCUGCUGCUGCCGCCGCUGCAUCGUCGAGUAGUAAAAAUAGCAAUAAUGCUGCUGCAGCAGCUGCGGCCGCAGCGGCAGCUGGUCAAAUGGCGCCACUCUCAGUCGCAUAUCCGCACCUGCACAGCGUUAUGGGUUCAAUACCCAUUUAUGAUAUGAGUGAAUAUCAGCAUUUAUGAUUCUAGUUGGAAACGCCAGCAGAGUGGAUGGUCAAUGCAGCAGCAGCAGCAGCGGCGGCAGCGGUGGUGACCAACGAAACGGAUGUGACAGUGAUGGCAGCGAACAAGACACAGACGACAUCCGAAGCGACCGUGGCGGCGGCUAUGAGACAAGAAUUGCAACAAGCGGUGAAUUUAUACUAUUAACUGUUCAAAUAACAGUAUAAAGCAAAAGAAAUUGUGUUAUUUACACUACACGUGCGCCAUUGUAAAUUGAAAAUCUUAUGAGCAGAGGAAACAAAGCAACUGUCAAUGCUGAAUGUAAAACAGCAUGACACGGCUGCAAUGGAAAUAUUUGCCAAAUUGUUGGGCCGCACACCCUGUGUCCAUGCACAUUAGACGAAGAAUUUCGGUUUCUUAAUAAAUUAAGGCAUGAAAAAUGUUGGAAAUAUGUAUAAAAUACGUUAGCAAUAAAAUAGACGUGUGUGUAAUAUUAUUACAUAUGCCGUUAUUGCAUCUAUAGCAAACAAGCAUGCUUAUAAAAUAUUAUAAAUAUGUAUCUAUAGUCUGUAAAAUAUUUAAAAAGUAACGACAUAAAUUUAAGCGACAAGAAUUUUGAAUUAGCGAAAAGUUUAAAUCAAAAUAAAAAAACAUUAAAACUAUAUAAAUAUUAUAUG